UUGUUUGCCUAGGAUGAAAUGCAUACACCCGAAAGCGACAAGUCGUCGCCAAUUGUCGUAGCAACUGAAGAGGAUGAAGACGAUGACGAAGCCAUUGAUAUGGACGAUUUUGAGGAGAGUGGUAUGCUGGAGCUCGUUGACCCCGCUGUGGCAACAACAACACGCAAACUAGAUGCAGAUCCACAGCCAGCAGCAGCAACUAAUGCGGGUGACGAAGGUGCCAGUGCCAGCGGAGAUUCAGUAUUGCACACGCGCACUUAUGAUCUCCACAUCACAUACGAUAAGUACUAUCAAACGCCACGACUCUGGGUUGUGGGCUAUGACGAGCAACGCAAGCCAUUGACUGUGGAGCAAAUGUAUGAAGAUGUUUCACAAGAUCAUGCCAAAAAGACUGUUACGAUGGAAUCGCAUCCGCAUUUGCCAGGCCCAAACAUGGCAUCUGUGCAUCCAUGCCGUCAUGCUGAUAUUAUGAAGAAGAUCAUACAAACAGUGGAAGAGGGAGGCGGGCAACUGGGCGUGCAUUUAUAUUUAAUCAUAUUCUUAAAGUUUGUGCAGACAGUUAUUCCCACGAUAGAGUACGAUUUUACCCAAAACUUUAACAUGUCCUAAGCAAACGGAGCUAACAAAAGACAAGGACCCGUCUCACACUUUGUCGGCAAUUAACGUAAAAUAAUUAAUGCAUUAUUUAUACAAUUAUAAAGCGUAAAUUUAAAUUAUAUAAAAUAAAAGCUAAUUGCAGACAUCACAAGAAGCAACGCAAUUUUUAAACUGCUUAAAAAUAUACAAUACUCGAUGGGUUAUUUUUUCUGAUUAUAAUUACUUUUUAUUACAUUGUUGGUUGGUUUGCUUGUUUUGAAACAUCUCUGAGAUGACAUUUAUAUGUUAACGUAAUAAUAAACAAUAAAUCAAUUAUUAAUUACUCGUAAUUAUGCAUGUGGUUUUUGUUGUUUUUAGGUAGUUUUGUUUUUAUGUUUGUUGCUAGUUAAAUCAUUUUUCUUAUACUCUUGUUGCUUUUCAACAAUUUCAAAACGUAAAGUGUGUGUCUGUGUGUGUAUGUGUUGUUUGCAUUUGCAU